CAAACGCGCGUUCUCGGCGGAUGCGUGGCUUUGCCUUUGCGGCACAUCAUACACGCAGCAUCACCGUGCGCAACCCUUUGCAACUACACAUAUCUAAAGCACCGACGCCCCGGACGCAAAGCACCGACGCCCCGGGCGUCCGGUGUACCCAUGCAUGCUUUCAAAUUGAAGUCAAGAUCAUUCGAUCAAGAUUCAAUUCACGAUUGCAAUUGCAAUUCUUGGCUCUCUCAUCAAUGCUCGACGGUGACUUGCGACUGGACUCUGGACUGCAUGCCUCGCGAUAACCAAAAGCUUGCAGUCAUUAGGGCGAGUCGUGAUUGCAUGACACUCGUGUGAUAGCCAAGUCGUCAAGAGCAAAGCUAGAGCAAGGCAGUCAAGCGCUACUACUAUCCCUCUCGGUUGCUCAAAGGUCGAAGACACGUAAUGAGCGAAGAACGGAACGGGCCGAAGGCGGACGAGCUGGUAGCUUCAAUUGAGCAGCUAAGCUCACAAAUCGUAGCAAGCUCGCCCAUUUAUAAUUUUGUGCUGCAAAAUGUGCAGAUCGAGCAAGCAUCCUCUGGCGGUGUCACUGCCCUCUUGCCGCUGACAGACAGGCACAGCAACAGCAAGGCCAUCUUGCACGGGUCGGUCACUGCCACGCUAGUGGACUGGAUCGGUGGGUUGGUCAUUGCUGCCGCUUCGUCUUCACCCCUCCAGGCCAAACGCGGGGUCUCGCUUGACAUUCACAUCUCUUAUAUUGGAGCGGCAAAAGCUGGACAAGAUCUUCGUAUAGAAGGCCGGGCAGACAAAGUAGGCAGGUCAAUUGCCUUUAUCGCCGUUCGGCUGACUGCGUAUGACAAAGGCACCAAUACUAAUGGCAGGCUAGUGGCCACAGCAACGCACAACAAGUUCAUCGCAUAACACUCAGACACAUUGUAGACACAGGAAAAGUCUGUCCUUAGCUCAAGAUUGGCAGCGAGGUGCAUUGCAGAUAUGUGUAAAGGACAGGUGCUGCUGCAAAUGCAGAUCGCAGUCUGAUAAGGAUGGUGUUGACGAAGACGAAGACUGUGGCAAUGUAUUCCGUCGCUAACAAUACGGAGACGACUAGAAGUGGAUGCUUUCACCAGCGAUGGUCUUCCCAUUCAAGGCUCUGACUUUGUUCAGGGCGGCCUUGCCGACCAAUUUGGUGGCGUAGUCGUUGUAGAGAUUUGGCAAGAAUGAGAC